UGCUACCACCCUGGUAUCGACACCCCUCCCCGCCCACCUGCACCUUCAAGCCGACUCAUGUCCUCGCAGCUCAAGCUCACAACAACACAACUUUUACUACACGACUUUCUCCUGCUUAUCCUGGACUUUUACCCGCUAUAAUGUCGGAUAAAACAAGCUUCAUGGACACCACCAUUCACCUGGAUGUCAAGGAUUAUUAUGGAAAGACGUUGAAGAACACCUCAGACCUGAAGAGCAAUGCCUGUGUGGCUCCAGCCCGGCCGCUCCCAAAAUUCAUCCUCCAAGCUCUGAAGAAAGUCCAUCCUGAUGUCACCGACAGAUACUAUGGUUGUGGUCUGGUGGUGCCAGAGUGUUUGGAGGGCUGCAGGAUUCUGGACCUGGGCAGUGGGAGUGGUAGAGACUGCUACAUGCUGAGUCAGCUGGUGGGAGAGACGGGCCAUGUCACUGGUAUCGACAUGACUGAGGAUCAGCUUGAAGUAGCCAGGAAACAUGUGGAUUUUCACAUGAAGGAGUUUGGCUACAAGAAGCCCAAUGUGACUUUUGUCCUUGGUUACAUCGAGGCCUUAACGGAGGCUGGUCUGGAAAAGAACUCUUUUGAUAUCAUCAUCUCCAACUGUGUGGUGAAUCUUUCGCCGGAUAAGAAACAAGUCCUGACUGAAGCCCACAGUGUGCUCAAGGAAGGUGGCGAGUUAUACUUCAGUGAUGUCUACAGCAAUGAAAGACUAACGGAGGAGAUCAAAAACCACAAAGUCCUGUGGGGUGAGUGUUUAGGUGGCGCGCUGUGGUUCAAAGAUCUGCUACAGUUGGCCAAGGAAGUAGGAUUCAGCCCCCCGAGGCUUGUUCAAGCCAGCAUCAUCACUGUCGACAACAAGGACAUUCUAGGUGACUUCAAGUUUGUCUCUGCCACAUAUCGUCUGUUUAAGGUCCCUAAAGGCAGCACCAAGCCAUGUAAAGUCAUGUAUAAUGGUAACAUCACAGCGGCGGAGGAGACCCUCCGCUUUGACUGUCAGUACACCUUCAAGGCUGAUCAAGUGGUGGAGGUAGACGCAGAAGUCGCCUCCAUUCUGACCCAUUCCAGAUUUGCACAGGAAUUCACUUUCCAGCCACCAGGAGGCUCUUGUGAACCUUGCGGAGUCCGACCAAAGGCAGGCACUGAAGAUCCUUUUGAGCUGGCUGAGCAGCUGCUGAAACAGGGUCCAGGUUCAGCCACAGGGGGGUGCUGCGGCACAAAGUCUGCGACCUGCUGCAAGUGAUGGAUUGUGGGAAAGGAGCGAUGCCACGUCCAGAAUCAAGUACAUAUAGCUGCGGCCGCAGACAUUCUUAAGUCGCGCCCACUUAAAGACACGGCCACAGGGGUGACGACAACAGAAGUGAAGCUUGAGAGACAAGACACAACACGGAAAUCAGAAAAAAAAAGUACUCCCGAAAAUAAAUUCAAGUUCAGAUAAAGUACCACUGAUAGUCACACACACACUGGGUGUGGUGAAAUUAUCCUCUGCAUUUGACCCAUCCCCUUGUUCCACCCCCUGGGAGGUGAGGGGAGCAGUGAGCAGCAGCGGUGGCCGCGCUUGGGAAUCAUUUUGGUGAUUUAACCCCCAAUUCCAACCCUUGAUGCUGAGUGUCAAGCAGGGAGGUAAUGGGUCCCAUUUUUAUAGUCUUUGGUAUGAGGUUUGGGCUUUGGUUGGGGUUAUGUUUUCAUAUAAUCACCCGAAAAAGCAAAACAUUCAUCAUCCGAAAUAAUAACAACGUCUUCCAUCUUGGAUCACGUUACAAAUCAGGUGUCCACUCUCGCUUUGUCAGCACCACUGAGGGUAUGUCUUUAAAACAUGGUUCGCUUCCGUUGUUGUGGGCGCGACCUAGAGUGUCUGCGGCUGCAGCUGGACCCUUCUCUGCAGAACACGUGUCUCAGUCCUAUUUGUCUGCCUCACAGUUCUUAAUAAAUGGAACAAUGUGUGCUAUAUAUCAAGUGAAUUAGUAUACAUCAAAUGACUUUAAAAAAAAAAAAGAAAAUCAUAAACAUUGAAAUUUAUUGACAUGAUACAUUAACGCAUUUCAAAUCAAGUCUUAAAUUGUCAAUACCUGGCUUUGUUCUUUGACUGCAAUGUUUAUAGUUGACUGAUUCCUAAAUUAUUAAAUCAUAUUCUUUAUCAA